UUCAAAUAAUUCAAAUAAUCAGAUAAUUGCACAGUUAGUGCUUAAUACAGCCGAAAAUGUAAACGUGGAUAAGUCUAGUGAAGAUAAUCAAAGUGAUUCUGAAAAUAAUAUACACCCAAAAGACGUUACAACCGAUGAAGUUGCAAAUGAAGGCUCUACCAGAUCGAAUAAUAGUUCCGAAGAAAUG